AUGUCCUCUGCAAUUGCCUUGAUGUUUGAAAACUCCUGUGAUCCUCCCUGUCGUGCUGAUUCAGCAGCAGUGUUGACAUGGUUGAUCAUCUUCUCUGGUACACUUUCUUCACUUGCCUUCUUGGACAAAACACUCAGGUGUUCUUCCUACUUAUCUGCAUUAAGGGCCCCAUUGGUUCUCAGUAUCUUCCUGCUUUUUCUUUUUGUUCCUCAUGAUACUGAGUACUGCAAGGAUCUGUUCUUGGUUAUCUUCACUACUGACACUCCUCUAUUAAAUGAUAAUCACACCCAUGUGGCCUCAUUUUCUUCUUUAUUUACAGAAUGCUUAGCUGAACUUCUCCAAGGAAACGAGGAAUGCUACGCAGACUCCCUUGCCAUUCAAGGAUUCCCUGAAAUGGAUCCAGAUAAACAAGAUGCUCUUAACAAUAUUGAGAACACCAGCUAUAGAACCGCCUUCAAAUUACGAUCAGUCCAAACUCUGUGUCAAUUGGACUUGAUUGACAGUUCCCUGAUUCAGCAAGUCCUGCUCCAUCAGAGUCUCUGGGAACUAAGAGAUGACUCCCUCUCUGUGCAACAGCUCUUCCAGGCUCUCCAGAAGCUGUUUCAGAGAGUCAGCAUGAAAAAAUCGGGACAGGUAGACCCCAAAUCUUCGGAACUCACUCUGAGCCUUCUCACAGCUAUGUAUGACAGCACAGGAACGGGUUUCCUCAAGCUUGUAUCUGCUGUUGCUGCCCUGAUUGCCCUCUCCGGGGACAGCCCUCUGACAAAGUACAGAGCUCUCUUUCAGCUCUAUACAGAAAAUAACAGGGGAGGUUAUGAUUCUGGGACCCGCAUGACUCGAAGGACUUUAAGAAACCUGCUAACAGACCUACAACAGCUCCCAGCUGUUGUGGGUGAGAGUCAUGCUUUGGACUUUGUGGAAAGUGCUACCCGAAGCUGUUUCCAAGGGGUGCUGAGCCCAGCCAUCAAAGAAGAGAAAUUCCUGUCUUGGUUGCAGUCUGAGCCGCCCCUCCUCCUGUGGCUCCCCACCUGUUACCGAUUAUCAGUCACUGCAAUGGCCACUCAUCCUGCGCGCUGUAGAAUCUGCAGAAACUUCCCCAUCACAGGACUGAGAUACCGCUGUCUGAAGUGUCUCAACUUUGACAUCUGCCAGGCGUGUUUCUUAUCUGGUCUCCACAGCAAGUCCCAUCAGCUGUCUCAUCCUGUGAUUGAGCACUGUGACCAGCAAGUGUCAACAAGGGAAAACACCAAGCUCCUUCUCAGGGCCCUCAGAAACAACCUGCUUCAAGGACGCUAUCAGAGGGAAGAAGCUGCUAGAAGGCAAAGACUGGGUCAGGUGACUCUAAAGGACACAGCCACCCAGGCACAGGCUGGGCUCCUUAAGAAGCAGUUGAACCGAUACAAAGACAAGUUGCAAGCUGUAUAUGCUUCCCAGGAAAAGAAAAGUUACAAAUUUGAGACAAAGAUCCAUGAACUCACAACCAACCAGGAUAAUCUGUGGAGCAAACUACAACAGAUGAGUCAGGAUUUACAGGUACUGCUGCAGACACUGACCUCCUCUUCUUCUUCCUGUCAAAAUAUGGUUCCCAAGAGCAACCAUGGAAAUGGUGAAAGAUUUCAGAGAGGAGGAACUUCUCCUCAGGUCAAGAAAGCCAUAGCAGAUUGUCCCGAAUGGGCACCUCACCGUAAUGCCACCACAGUUUGUAGAAGCCAGGCACCUGCACCACCUGCACCACCUCAUUCAGAGUCAACAGAAAACGUUUUGCAGAUUAGGUCUAUGCAAAACAGCAGGGUACAAAGCCAACCCCAAGAGACCUGGAACAAAAUCUCUUGCCCCCUACCUAAUGCUAGUUCCCAAGAAGCACUGCUGCAGAACAAGGCCCCCAGGGCUCCUGUUAAAAUGAACAAUCUGGAACCUACAGGAAGAAAGGAAGCAAAGUACAACCAGGGAGAGGGUGAGCUGGGAGAAGAGGACCAACAAGCACUUUUGUCAAACCUUAUGGAUGCCUUCACUCUAGAAAUACCGGCAGCUUCACAAUCUUCAGCUCACAAGGACCUGUAUUGUGGGGCUGAGCGCGUGGGCAGGGCCUUCACUGCUCUGGUUGAUCACAUCACCAUGCCCAACUUGAAGUAAAAAGGAUACCAGCUUCAUUCUAAGACAUGUUCUAGUGAUGAUUAAAUGUAUGUAUUUUUUU